GACGGGCUACAUACUCUGAAACACUUCUGCGCCGCAUCUCUGCUACUUCCAAAAGGUUCUAGUUGAUAUGACUCGUUUUUUUUUUUUUUACUUUUUUAUGAUUCAAAUAAUAGAUUUACAACAUUUCUACAUUAUUAACAGGAAAAGCACUCUUGAGAACGCGGCUAAUCAUCUAUCUUAGAAAACAGUGGCGGUGAGAGAAAGCACAGCGUCUCUUUUCUUUACGCUUUAAGGGCUAACGGGCACUAACCUUCUUUUCGUUCUGUAGCUUUUCCCGAGUUCAUAUGGCUGUUCUGGUCCUCACUGAUCGUCUCCAUAAGGGCGCUAUUGCUUCUACUACUAUUACUACUACUACUACUACUACUACUACUACUACUACUGCUACUACUACUACUACUACUACUACUACUACUACUACUCUCAACCUUUUUCACGCAACCCUCCACCUCUAACAUGCUCAUAUAAGUCUCUUUCUCUCUCUCUCUCUCUUGCAGUCCUUUCACUUCUUUUAAACACGCAUUGCCUCUCCCUUUCCCCUUUCUCGCAUCCAUUUUUUAAACCGUUCAAGUCUUAGCAAUAUAAAGAAGAAAAUAUGUGAGUUGUAAUGGCUUUUUUUUUACAGUUCUCUCUCUUUACUACUACUACUACUACUACUACUACUACUACUACGGUUAUUAUUACUAUUAUCAUUAUUAUUAUUAUUAUUAUUAUUAUUAUUAUUAUUAUUAUUACGUAUUAGUAGUAUUAAUAUAUUAGUAGUAACAGGAGUAGCAGUAACAGCAGCAGCGGUAGUAGUAGUAGUAGUAGUAGUAGUAUGAACAGUAACAGUAUCACUUUUUUCUUCUUGUUGACAGAAAGGAAAUCUGCCUGAACAAGACGGGAACAUUCAUAUAACACCGGAUGCUACCUAUCACCAUUACGAAACUUUUUUUCUGUUCUCCCUCUUCCUCUUAUCUUGGCUCGGUUUGGCAGUUUCCAAGUGUGUGUGCUGCCGGCAGCCUCGAUGUUUGUGUCGGUGAGAAAUUAAGCGCGGAAAGCGACAUGGGCCAACACUUCUGCUCUUGCUGGGGCCAGAAGCCUUUAGACAAUUACGAGGAAUCAGUGUCAGAGCCAGAGCCAAAACCACAGUCGAUAUUGACAGCAGUGGACUACGCGUUGGCGCACUAUGCCUACCAAGCCAACGGAGCCAACGAGCUCAGUUUCAACAGAGGAGAGACGCUGGAAGUGAUCAACAAAGAUGACGAGGACUGGUGGCUGGCGAGGCAUCACGGAACCAUACGCGUCGGCUACAUCCCCGUUCCCUACGUGGCGCUCACCUCCUCCCUUGAGUCACACGAAUGGUAUCAUGGUGACAUACCACGCGUGGAAGCUGAACAAAUCCUCAAGAGUCAGUUUAAUGUGCUUGGUGCCUUCCUCAUACGCAAGUCUUACAGAUACGACGCAUAUUCUUUGAGUGUUAAGGCCUUAUGCAAAGACGGCAGCACUGUUCGCAUCAAACACUUCAGCAUUCCCAGGAUUAAUGAUUACUUUAUGUUUGUGGGCCGUUAUUUCUUUACACUCGGCGGCCUGGUUGAUUUCUUCAUUACGGAAGUGGACGUUGGAUUGCCCCCUUUCAUGCCCAAACAUCCAUGCGUGCGCCCCCCGCCCAGAAUGCAGGACAUAUCCAAGGAGAAUAAGGAGCAGUGGGAGAUACAAAGGGAAGAACUGCUCUUUAUUGAAGAGAUUGGCCACGGCUCAUUUGGCAAAGUGUGGCUUGGGAAGUGGAGAAACCAUGUUGACGUCGCCAUCAAGACAAUGAAGGAGGGCAAGAUGAAAGCCGAUGACUUCCUGGAAGAGGCCAAGGUGAUGAAAAGUCUGCGCCACCCCAACAUUCUGGCGCUGUACGCAGUGUGCAGCAAGGAGGAGCCGCUACUCAUCGUCACCGAGUACAUGGCCCAGGGAGCCUUGCUGAACUUGCUGAGAAGGGAAGACAUGAACCUGCAGCUGCAGCUCUACAUUGCCACACAGACAGCUGCCGGAAUGGAGUAUCUUGAGAGCAAAAUGUUGAUUCACCGAGACCUGGCAGCAAGGAACAUCCUGGUGGGCCACUGUUACGUGUGCAAGGUAGCAGAUUUUGGCCUUUCCAAGCUGUACGAGGACGCAAUCUACGCCGGGAAAGUGUCCAAGGGAAAGCUGCCUAUCAAAUGGACGGCACCAGAAGCACUGCUGCAUCAGAAGUACAGCAGCAAGUCAGACGUCUGGUCUUUUGGGGUGAUGCUCAUGGAAAUUCUUACCCACGGCGUUGUGCCAUACAUAGGCUAUUCAAACCAGCAGGUGCUGGAGGUGCUGCAGGAGGGCUACCGCAUGCCCCAGCCCAAGGACUGCCCCGACAAGCUGUAUGAACUCAUCUUAAAUUGCUGGGAUAAACAUGCUGAACAACGACCCACCUUUCACUUCAUCCAUGACUACCUGGAAAACUUUGACAUACAGGCUGAGAAUUCUUACUAUGAUGGCAAGCAAUGGUAGCUCUCUCUCUCUCUCUCUCUUAUAUAAUGAUGUGACAGUAGGUAUAGGAGUACACAUGCCCGUAUCUAAUACUGUCACCAUUAGCUUUGGGCUGUACAAUAAACAACUUUGCUUUCUUGGUAUAGCAACAAAUUACUGUGAAGACACAUCUUUCUCCAUUAGAGGCAAUUUUCCUCAUUAGCUUCAUUAUUUUAACACUUCCUCCAUAAAUGAUUAUGUAUUAUACUUAUAUUGCAUGCAUAAUAACACCAACACCAAUGGUUUACACUAGUACAUAGUAAUAUGAUUUUGUAACAAGUAUGAUGAAAUAAAUUACUUUUAAUCUGUAAGGGCUGAGUCCCUCAAUAAUCUGCUUUUCUUGUCUGUGUUUGUCUCUUGGUUGAGCUGUGAUGCACACUCCAGGAAAAUAUUCUUCCCACCAAGACAUUUACAAUGAGACAAGUAGUAUUCUGCAUUAAUGUAUAAUACAUGUGUUGUUUGCAGAUUUUGUCUUUUAGAUAACAUAAAAUAUUCUGUCAUUUUGACACUUGCAGCUCAACACAAAUUAAUUAGUUUAGGUAACACUGAGUGACAGAUGUAGUGAAAUCAACAUUGCCAUUUGACAUGUGGUGGUGGUAAAGUUUUCCCACAUUCAAGUCCAGGAUGAGGAAUGAGGAUCAAAGCUGUAAUCUGCUCCUUGAUGAAUUGUAAUUAGAUGCUUACAUACAGCAUGAAAAAUAUAUAAAGUAGGUAAGCCUGUAUCUUAAGGUAGCCAGUAACAUAAGUCCAACUCACAGUUGCCUCCACUCUCACUUGAGAGAAUGUGGAGUUAAAGGCCAACACAUUGUAACAAAGGGUCAGCCUUCACCUGCAGACUCACCUUAUUCUAAAAAAAUAGGAUACAUAAAAUGUAAUACUUAAUGUUAAAGAAUUUGCACUGUAUAUACAUUCUUGAGGCAGUUAAUUCAAUGAAAGUUGUAACGGGAGCAUCUACAUCUCACAUGCAUGACAUGCUCUCAACAAUCAGUACUUGAUAAGAGCCACAUUUACUGCCACACUGUUCCAUUACAGAGAACAUCUCUACCAAGUUUUACAAGCUUGGAUAGUCUAGGACUAGGUGAAAUUGCAUUCCUGCAAGCUUGGAUAGUGCAGUUAUGAGUCUGUUUUCUUCAUCUCAGCUACAGCUAAGACUCAAUUUGAUCAUAAUUCACAUUAGUUAGUUAAGAGUAUUCUCUUCAUUACACAUACAAGGGCACACCUGCACUGAGUACUACACAGCUGUGCACACAUGGCGAGUCUGGCUUGCAGGCUGCUGCUGACUACAAUGAUGACUCUGGCUCAUGCUGCACUCAGCCCUCAUGUA